CACAAUCAGAUCGCAGGCUCCAAAAAAGAAGGAAACAUGAGACCGUAUGCCAAAAAAAGGAAAGAAAGAUGAGAAUCGCUGGCCUUCCAUGAGAAUCACAAGCCUUCCAUGAGAAUCGCUGGAUGAAUUCGCCAAAAUCGCGUAAAAUCACCGAGAUUGCUAGAUGGACGAAUGCUUAAACGCCGACUGAAAUCACCAAAAUUGGUGUAGGACUAGCAGUUUCCUUUGAUGAAAAUAGCUUGAUGGAAUCACGAUAAAGGCAAUAGAGAUAGAGAAAUCGCUGAAAUCGUUCAAGCAAUUCCAUUUUGCCGAUGAUGAUUACCAAUCGGUCUCAUUAAUUUGGCAAGUCCAGAGAUUUGGUAAGUCUUUAAUUGUCCUCUUUUCCCAAAAAAAAAGAGCAAAGAGGAUUCUGAUUUUGCUACCAAGUUUAGGAGAUUCCAUAGUUGUGAAGAAUAAGAGUUGGGAACCUAUGAAUCAAAUUAGAGUUCAUUCCUUGCAAGUGUGUCCUUCUUUAUUUGUGCCCGAAAAGUAGUGACAAAUAGUGAUCCGUUUGCUAAAUUAACAUGUCUUCCAAACCCAUUCACCCAUUAUCAAAGAUCACUCUGACGAGCGUUGGAGGAUUUGCGUUCGUGUGAUACGAUUAUAUGCAUUGCCUGCCUUCAAUGAUAACAAGGCAAUAAACUCAAUAGAGAUGGAUGGGAAUCUUUAUAAUCCAAAAGCGUUUGACGAUCUUCUACUCGGCAAGACGUAUCUUUUUAAAUUUGAAGUGAGGAUGAUGUUUCAAAGUAACCAUGAUCAGUCCUUUAGAGUGUCCAAAAUAUGUCAUGACUCUCCCACUAUAACAAAAUACUUGGAGAAUGUACACGCGAUUGACAAAAAAUCCAAUAAUGGUAAGAGCAUUGAACCUAUGUACUUAGUGGAGGAUGAUUUUUUAAGAUGUACAUGUACGACAACAAUUGAAGCAUUGAAGGACUACACAGAGAAUGGUAAUUAUGCAGUAUAUGGCACCAUCAAGGGUGUAGAUGGUGGCUCUGAUUGGUUCAUAACAGCAUGUCAGUGUGGGUCAGAGGUGAUCCCGCGUAGUGGAUCUUACUACUGCAGUGACUGUAAAAAGCGUGUGUUGAAUGUUAUUCCAAGACCAGGGUCAAUGAUGACAACUUGCUUUAAUGAAUUUGACCCAACAUACAAUGUGAUCGACGUAUGCUUCAACGAGCAAAUCAUUGCAAAGUUUAAGGAUAUGAACUCACCCUUUUUCUCUCCUCAGGCUGAUAUUGCACCUAGAUUUUCAACAGGAGAGAAAGAGAAGACGCAUGGUUUCUUAGAAGGGGAUACCUCUUCCUGCGUAAAGGAUUUAGUUGCCGAUUUUGUGGAAACCGUGGAUAGUCGGUCAUUGCAAGCUGAAGAUGAUAUGAAUAAUCUUACCCCUCUUAAGAGAAUGCAAGAGAAAGAAGCUAUGACAAUGAGUCAAUCAACAAGAUGAAGAGCGUUAAAGUAGAAAAAAUAUAAUCCCAAAACUACUCUGUUUUAAUACUGUUAUUAUUUUCUGCUUGAAUUUACAUUUAAGGCCUUAUAAUUUCAUUGUUAGAAAUUGGUGCUUUAUAAUAAAGGAUGGGUUAUGGU